AUCAUAGUCUCUGAACUGCACAACUUGCAAACUAGAAUAGAGAAGAGGGGGAAAAAAAAGAGAUGGGGAAUUCAGUAAUAAUAUCAGUGUUAUUGAUAAUUGUUUGCUGCUUAGAAGUUGGAUUAAACACACUGAACAAAGCAGCUACAAACAAAGGAAUGAGCAAUUUUGUCUUUGUUCUUUAUUCUAAUGCCUUGGCCUUACUUAUCCUUGUUCCUUCCACAUUCAUCUAUCACAGAAUAAAGCCAUGUGGUAUGCUCUCAUUUCCUAUUCUGUGUAGAAUCUUUCUUCUUGCUCUUCUCGGCUGUUCUGGGCAAACUUUGUUGUAUGUGGGGAUACAGUAUAGUUCACCAACUCUAGCUUCUGCCAUAGUAGAUCUUGUUCCAGCUUUCACUUUCAUAGUUGCUGUCAUUCUUGGGAUGGAAAAGUUAGCAUUGAAAGCAAAGAGCAGUCUGGCAAAGUCUAUUGGAACAAUGAUACUGAUAACAGGAGCAUUUGUGAUGACAUUUUACAAAGGACCUGCAAUCUUUUCUCAUGAAUCAGUAGUGUAUAAUAGAAAUAUUGAUCAGCCCCUUUUGACAACACAUGAAUCAAAUUGGAUCAUUGGAAGUUCACUCCUUACAACUGCUAGCUUCUUGGCUGGUCUGCUUUACAUAGUUCAGGCAUGGAUAAUGAAGGACUAUCCAGAGGAGUUGAUGGUAACUGUGAUUGCUUGUGGCUUUGUGACUAUGUUGUCAGCUGUGGUUGCUUUUAUAGCAGAAAAGGAUCCAAAUGCUUGGAAGAUCAGACCAGAUAUAAAGUUGCUAACCAUCUGUUACUCAGGGAUUUUGAUGGUUAGUGCUAGAAGUUUGGUCCAAACGUGGGCUGUCAAGAAAAAAGGGCCUGUAUUUGUGGCAAUGUUUAUGCCUCUUGGUAUGGUUGUUGCAGUUCUAAUGGGGGUUGCCUUUCUUCAUGACAUUGUUUAUAUUGGAAGUGUAAUUGGAGCAAGCAUCAUAACAUUGGGAUUUUAUGCUGUCAUGUGGGGAAAGGCUUGUGAAGAAAGAGUCAUCCAGAUUUCAGAAACAAGCUUUAAUCAGAACCAACAGAGAUUGCCACUUCUGUGCAAUAAAAAUGACAAUGUUUAGAAAUUUUGAUGGCUGUAUAUAAAACCUAAGUUGCAAUAAAGGGGUUAUAAAUCUA